AUGGGCUCAUAUCGCGAACAACGGCCACCGAGCCUCUCCUCCCACCUCUUCCCUCCACCUAUUCCUGCUUUCGAAGUACUCGGCCGUCCAAUGGACCCGCAACCAGCACCCCUCAUUCACAUCAAUGGAUCGCCUGGUGUAGGGAAGGAGACAGUGGCAGAGCUCUUGACCUUCAUCCUUGGGGACGACAAGUCAAUGUUAAUUGACGUACGCAGUCUCGGCUUUGAAGGAGAUACCAAUGGCGUCCAUGCUCACAAACAUCUUCUGACUCCGGAACACCCUUGCUACUUCUCGUUCGACGUCGGUAUGGAGAUAUUCGACGAAUCGACGACGGUCAACUGGGAGGGCUCGAACAACGAGAAAAAGGUUGAGCAGGUCGAGGACAAGACGCCAGAGAACCCUUGUAUCACCGACAACCUCACUCGGCUGCUGCUGAAGCCUUCCAAUGGGGCGCGUGCUGUCGUACUUCCAGCCUUUGCCCCCGACACUGUGGUAGGGCGUGCUUUUGUUAAGACGUUGGAAGAAGCUGCCGAGAACACUGGGAGGCUCUUUAUACCGGUGACCCUGGACUGCGCCUCCCCUGAACGCAUCCGAAGGACAAUGAGCCUGCAGAGACAGUGCAGUUAUAAGAUACGGCGACCGAGUGAACCGGCACUAUCGAAAUGUGAGCAAGUGGUUGCGCCGCAGCCGGUUGGGCCCGUCGAAAACGAGGUUUGUAGUCGCCAACUCGCCGUAUCCAACUACAGUGGGCUCGUCCUGGAUAUCACAUCGGCAAACACGUUCGCGGCAGCCCUCCAAAUCGUCGACUAUGUCAAACGCUGCCGGGCAGAGAAGGAUAAAGACUGGCGCAACUCGAAUAGCGCUGCGACAACGCCAACGGGAAGCGUCGGGGGCGAAAAGAACGUGAAGACGUCUGAUUGA